ACUACCUUUCAGCUGCUAAAAAGUAAAACCCCACUCAAGUUGGAAUCUUCUGGAUUCGGUACGGAAUUCAAAUCAGAGGCGGAAGUGCAGCAAGCAAUUAGGAAAUGGCGCCCAAGGCUAGCAAGAAUCGUUAUCCAUCGCCGGAUCCUCAUGGAAUCUUCUCCGGAAUGGUCGUCUUCCUCUGUGACGAUGGCGUUCAGAGACGUCGAUUACAGAUAUGGAAGCAAAAGCUAGUGCAGAUGGGAGCAAUCGUGGAAGAAGAAGCUUUGUCCCGGAAUGUGACUCAUGUUUUUGCGGUUAAUUCCGACUCACUUCGCCGGAAAUUGGGUCCCAAACUAUUGCAGCGCUUCGAAGGGACCUGGACUAUUCCGUUGUCUUAUGGCAUACUCCCUCCAUCCCAAAAAUGUUCAACACUUUUCUUUUUGGGUUGUCCCAAAAAUGCAACAUUUCUUUUUGACUAUUCUUUUUUAUCAGUGGCUGGAGGACAGCUUGAGACUAGGAGAGAAAGUUAGCGAGGAAUCAUACACUAUACAGUUGGGUUCAUGCCAAAGUCCUCCAAAAAACUCACCUAAUGAGAACUCUGUUGAAUCUGCUGAUGUGAAAAUAUCUAGUGACAACGAGUUACACCUGUAUAAAAAGCUGAAACCCUCAUCCAUGAACUCAGAAAGUUCCAGUCCAGAAAUGAAGGAUAAGUCAUUGAGCAACUCAGUUGAUGUUGUUCCUCACACAGCUUAUAGUUCUAAGAACAGCUUGUACCCUCGAAGGCCUUCAAGCAUUAGCCCAGUCACUUCUAAUGCUCAACAGAGUACUGUCGGUGCACCAGAUGCUUCCUUGCCAUAUCACCCUCCUGAUUUAAAUAGAAAUAUUACCGAAAUGUUUGGCAAACUAAUCAAUAUAUAUAGAGCUUUGGGUGAUGACCGACGGUCCUUCAGCUAUUACAAGGCAAUUCCAAUUAUUGAAAGGUUGCCCUUUAAAAUUGAAAGUGUGGAUCAAGUCAAAGACUUGCCAGCUAUUGGGAAGUCGAUGCAGGAUCAUAUACAUGAGAUCGUGACGACUGGGAAAUUGUCCAAGUUGGAACACUUCGAGAGUGAUGAAAAGGUACGAACAAUCAGCUUGUUUGGGGAAGUAUGGGGCAUUGGUCCAGCCACCGCAUUGAAACUAUAUGAAAGAGGACACAGAAGUCUUGAUGAUUUAAAAAGUGACGAUACACUGACAAAUUCACAACGGCUAGGGUUGAAGUAUUUUGAAGAUAUUAGAACAAGGAUACCCCGUGAUGAGGUGCAAGAGAUGGAGCACUUGCUACAAAAUGCUGCAGAAGAUGUUUUACCUGGAGUGAAUGUUGUAUGUGGAGGAUCAUUCAGACGUGGAAAGGCUACUUGUGGGGAUAUGGAUAUUGUGAUUACACAUCCUGAUGGAGAAAGCCAUAUAGGUUUUCUGCCAAAGUAUGUAAACCAUUUGAAAGAUAUGAACUUUUUAAGAGAGGAUUUGGUCUUCAGUAUUCACAGUGAGCAGGGUACUGAUUCAGGGGUUGAUACAUACUUCGGUCUUUGCACAUAUCCUGGUCGGGAGCUGCGGCAUCGCAUUGAUUUGAAGGUGUACCCGAAAGAUAUAUACCCUUUUGGGCUAAUAGCAUGGACGGGGAACGAUGUGCUGAACAGAAGGCUGAGGAUACUUGCAGAAUCCAAAGGAUUCCGACUUGAUGAUACAGGGUUGUUCCCUGCAACUCAUGGUUCCGGUGGAAAAAGGGUUAGUGCCAGUACAAGUUUGAAGUUUAACUCGGAAAAGGAAGUAUUCGACUUCCUGGGAUUUCCAUGGCUUGAACCACAUGAACGGAAUAUCUGAAAACCGUUGCAACUGUUGUUAAUUAUGUACAUAGAAAAUAGAUUGUCCUGUUGCACCAGGUGCUAAAGCGUUUUUCAAAGAUAAACAAGUUUGUAGGCCAAGUAUUUUUCUUUUGCCUGAAACCAUGUUCGAUCUGUUUUAAGUAUAUAAUAUUUAUACAACGGCAAAUGAAACUUU